AUGGACGAUACUUAUAUGGCUGUGAAGCGAGAACAUGAACAAGCGAGAAAUCAGAUUUUGACGCUGUACGCGGAAAGCAUGAAUGCAUGGAACAAGAUAAACAAUGCCUAUGUGGACAUGUUGAGCAGCCCAACCACUAAAAAUGCCAACGAAGCCAUGAUCAUCUUCAGCAUAGUUAAACAAGCGGCUGACCUUCUGCCGGAUAUGAACAACGGAAGUCAAACACUAUCUGUAACACCAAGACCAUCAUUCCGAGGACAACGUUUAUGA